AUGGCCCGAGUUCGCACCGCGUUUAUGUUCUUAAACAGUUUAGCCGUAUCUUGGGUUUUGCUGCUCUGCUUGGUUGUAAAGGCGUCGUUGUUUCUCGUUGAAGUAUCUGAGAAACGCCACUUGUUGAAACCAGAGUGGAAGGAUGUUGGCCCAGAGGAGACUGCGGGAAUUGUCAACCGCGCAUUCUUCAUAUGGCUGAACAACACGUUUAUAAAAGGAUUUCGCACCCUUCUUACAGUUGAUGUGCUAUCGUCACUUGAUACUGAGAUGCUAGAAGCUUCCAAGCCGACCAAAUUGAUAUCAUCGUGGGAAAGAGCAAAUCAAGAAAAAGAUCAUUCUCUAUUCCUAACCUUCCUUUGGCACUACAAAUGGGCUUUUCUAGCAGGUACUCUGCCGAGACUGGCCUACACCGGAUUUAGUUACUCGCAACCGUUUCUUGUCGAAAGAGUAUUAGACUUUGUAAGCGAAGACAGAGAGCCCGACAGCAAAAGCACCGCGUAUGGGCUGAUUGGAGCGUAUGCAAUUGUCUACGUAGGCCUAUCUUUGUCAUACGCGGUCUACCAACACAAGACUUACCGGCUGUUGACCCUGUACCGCGGCAGUCUUGUCACAAUGAUAUUCAGCAAAACAUUGAGGAUGAGCGCAUCUUCCACUUCGGAAGCAGAAGCAAUCACCCUUAUGAGUGCUGAUAUUGACCGCAUCGGGUCGAGCAUGUCCCUUAUACAUGAACUCUAUGCUAGUGUGAUCGAGCUUGCAGUUGCUCUGUGGCUUCUGUAUAGGUUGCUCGGAAUAGCAAUACUUGCACCAAUUGGCUGGGUAAUCUUCUGCCUCAUUGCCGCAGUCCCUCUUGCUAGAGCAGCGGGAAACGCCCAGAUCCCAUGGCUUGAGGCCAUUGAGACCAGGCUCACGGCAACUGCCAAGGCACUUGGCAGCAUGAAGGCCAUCAAGAUGACAGGGCUGGCGGACAUUGUGUCUUCGCGCAUUGCGGGCCUUAGGAUGGAUGAAAUCAAAGCCUCCCGGCGUCAUAGAGUCUUGAACGUUCUCGUCUUCAUUUCUUACUUUGCUUCGACGGCGUUGGCGCCUGUAUGGGCAUUCACCGCAUUCAUACUGAUCGCAAAAGCCCGUGGCUCUGAAACAUUGACCGAGGGAGUAGCAUUCGCAGUUCUCAGCAUUUUCGAGUUGCUAAAUCAGCCAAUUAUAUAUAUUGUUGACGGAGUUGAGCACAUCCAGACCGUCAUCAACUCAUUUCGGCGUAUCCAGAUUUAUUUGACUUCGCCAGAGCGAGAGGACCAGCGAGAUCUUCCCGCUCCAGAUAUGUCGUCUGACUCCAGCGUCUUUGGAAAGGAUGACAUUCAUGGUAAAGUCUUAAAAGACGAGAAGAUUAUCAUUUCGCAAUCUCAAUGCCCCGAUAUUAUGCUGUCUCUGAAUGAGGUGUCAGUGGGAUAUAACCUGGAAGAAAAGAUUGUCCUUGAUGGCCUGACCUUGACAGUACGUCGCGGACAGAUCACGGUCAUAGCAGGGCCUGUAGGGUGCGGCAAGUCAACAUUACUACGAGCUAUUUUAGGAGAAGUUCCAUUCAAAGGGUCAAUUGCGACUGGAUUUAGAACAGCUGCGUACUGCCCACAAACCCCAUGGUCAACCUGGGGCACGGUAAGGAAUAACAUUGUCGGUAUGUCGCCUUGGGACAGAACGUGGUAUGACACGGUUGUGGAUGCGUGUGCUCUUGAUGCAGAUUUCAGAGAGUUGCCUGAUGGAGACCAGACAAUGACUGGGACUCGCGGAUCACAAUUGAGUGGAGGGCAACAAAUGAGAGUGUCAUUCGCAAGGGCUCUGUAUUCGCGGAAUCCAGUCAUGGUCCUCGAUGACGUCUUGACGGGUCUUGACAGAACCACUGAGAGGCAUAUCAUAGACAGAGUCUUCUCGAAGGAUGGUGUGUUGAAGAAAUUAAAUGCGACUGCCAUCAUGGCUUCCAACUCAGCACACCACUUGGACCUUGGUGAUCAAGUUAUAGUCCUUGAUGAGAAUGGCAGGAUAGUCCGUCUAGGAAUCCCCAAAACUGUUUCUUUACCAAUAUCACCAAUCCAGCCAGACAUUACACGUCCUCAGCUGGGACUCGGUGAGCAGAACGACGAUGCCGAGGUAUGGCAAGAAAUCGACAUGUUGAUUAACCCUGCGACGGAGCAAAAUCGCUACGCUGGCGAUAUGAGAGUUUAUGGGUAUUACGCAAACAUCGCGGGUCGUUGGACCAUAGGCAUAUAUCUAUUUGCUUGCUGCACUUUUGUAUUCGGCAUGACGUUUCCAUCCGUCUGGAUGCAGUGGUGGACAAACGCAAACGCCGAGCACCCAAAUGAGAGAACGGGGUAUUGGCUGGGUGUAUACGGAGCGCUUGCGGCUUUGACAAUUCUAGGCUGCGCUCUGGCAGAUUGCACUUUUAACUUGGUAGUUUUGCCAAAGACCUCUCGAAAAUUCCAUCAGCUGCUACUAAAUACCACAAUGCGCGCACCUAUAUCAUUCCUGACAUCUACGGAUGCUGGCACAACCUUGAACAGAUUCAGUCAAGAUCUGGAGCUGAUUGACAACGACUUGCCUCAAGCAAUGGACCAGACAGUAUUUCAAUUUCUGUCUGCCAUCGUUUCUGCAGUUCUCGUCUUCAUCGGCUCAAGCUAUAUUGGCGCGGCUAUUCCUCUGUGUAUCGCGGCUCUUGCCUUUGUCCAAUUUUACUAUUUGCGGACUUCCAGGCAGCUCCGGCUUUUAGAUAUUGAGGCCAAAGCCCCGCUGUUCUCGCAAUUCCUAGAAACAGUCAAUGGCAUCUCCUGCAUUCGAGCAUACGGCUGGUCAGAAGCAUACAUGGAGAGGAGCUACAUGGCUUUAAAUGUCUCCCAAAAGCCUUACUACUUGCUUUGGUGUAUCCAGAGGUGGUUAACGCUAGUCCUAGAUCUCUUUAACGCGGGCCUUGCACUUCUCUUGGUAGGUAUUGCGACUAACAUCCAGGGCAGUGCUUCGAGUUUUCUUGGUGUUGCGCUCUUUAAUAUUGUCACAUUUAGCAGUACCCUUCAAACACUCGUCACUGAGUGGACUCAGGUGGAGACUGCUCUGGGUGCGAUCAAUCGAAUCCGGUCAUUUGUUUUGAACGUGAAGAAUGAGAAUCUCCCCGAGGAGAACCUCCAGGUACCCCAGAUUUGGCCGUCAACUGGAAAGGUUAUAUUCGACAAUAUCUCGGCAUCAUACAAAUCCAGUAAUGAGCCAGUACUCAAUGAAAUUAGUUUUGAAGUUGAAGCUGGACAGAAAGUUGCAAUUUGUGGAAGAACAGGAAGUGGCAAAUCUUCACUCAUAGCGACAUUGCUGAGACUUCUGGAGAUAGAUUCCGGCACGAUUUGCGUCGAUGGCAUAGACAUUAGUACCAUACCACGACAGGAAGUACGCCGCAGAUUAAACACAGUACCGCAAGACGCAUUUUUUCUUGCAGGAAAGCUGAGAGAAGAUCUGGACCCUUUCCAGUUUGCUACCGAUGACCGCCUAAUUGAGGUCCUUCGCGCAGUGAGCCUGUGGGAAAUUUUCGAACCGAUUGGCGGACUAGAGAGUGAUAUUGAGGAGGAGUUACUGUCGCAUGGUCAACGUCAGCUCUAUUGCCUUGCUCGAGCCGUCAUCAGGCAGAGUCCCAUACUCGUCCUGGAUGAAGCAACGAGCAAUGUUGAUGCAGACACAGACAAGGCGAUGCAAGCGCUGCUGCGAAGCGAGUUUAAAGAUCAGACCAUCAUAUCAGUGGUGCACAAAUUGCAGAGUGUGCUUGACUUUGACAGGGUCAUCUUGCUAGAGAAUGGGCGAAUGGUGGAGAGCGGGAAUCCCAAAGAGUUGCUUUCCACGCCGGGAUCAGCGUUCCUGGCUUUAUAUCAAAGUCUGGGGCUUGGUCAUGGGGAUUAG